UUCGCCGCCCCUCCUGGCUUCCGUUCCGCUUUCUUUCCUGGAAAGGCGAUGCGAGCGAAACUGCCAGCGAGGGGUACCGACCGCAGCUGCCUGUUCUCGGGGUUGGGAAGCGGACGCGGAGAACGAAAGAGGUUUGGGUCAGCGGCAACUGCCGGCCAAGGAUCGCAAGCUUAGAGAAGGGAAGAAGCGGUGAGUGUCUCCCCGGCUCCUGUUGCACCGGCGUUGUGUUUUUCGAAAUGGCCAGCACUGUGACAGAACAUGGAAAUGUGAGGAUCCUCACUCAAACAGUCCCACAGACAGGUUCUCUGCCAACACCGGCAGCUACUGUCAGAUUCAUUGACUCUGGUUCUGCAACAUCUCAGCUCCUACUAACCCAUAAGAAAAAGAUCAAGAAUACCCUGCUCAAUGUGAUUGGGAUCUUGCAGAUUGCUUUUGGAGUUACCCAUCUGAGCUUUGGCAUUGCCCUGACAGCAGCUCAAGGAAGCUACACCGUCACUGUGCAAAGUGGCAUUUACUUCUGGACUGGGAUCCUGCUCUUGAUCGCUGGGUCCUUGUUGUUAGAAGUUGAGAAAAGACAAUCCAAGCAGCUAGUGAAAUCUUCUUUCUUUGCCAACGUGAUAUUUUGUGUAGCUGGACUGGUUGCUAUAAUCCUACAUGGUAUUGAGAUUGCACAAACUGUUAAAGAAGGAAACCCAUGUGACUCGAACCACAGUCAUUAUUGCCGAAAUUAUCAUCAGAUUCUGUCAUUUGGCCUGAACUCUGUGUUCCUCAUCUUUGUGCUUCUUGAAGUAUCCUUAGCUAUCAUAGCCAUGAUUAGGCUCAAGACUCAAAAUCAACAGACCUAUCAUCCAAUGGCAUCAUGAAGACAAGUGGUUUCUCUUGUCCUGUCACACAAUGGUGAAUUGUACUCUACUAUAUAUGCUUCCUUGGCUUGAAGCUCUAUGAGUGUGAUCUUCCUAUCUUUACCUUUCCAGUAAACCUUUCCUUCCCUUGCUAAAUCCCAAACAUCUGCCUCAACCAAGAAAUGGAAAACAAGUUUUGUAUUUGUUUAUGAGCAGCUUCUCCUAUACAGGGCAGCCACAGGUUUAUCCUAAAUGCAAUGUCUGUUACAUUCCCUGUAUUAUGAAAGAUCCUCUGUAGUUUCAUCAAUGUUCAUAUCCUGAAAAGCACCAAUCAGAUGUGUGCUGGCGGUUCUAAAUUGUAUAAUACAAGGGCUCUACCAUCAUUCCCUUCCACUUUGGGGUCUUAAUGAAGAAGAGACAUAUUAUCUGCAAGUUCUUCCCUGUCCUCCACCAUAAGAGGCCAUCUAUUUGGAAUCGACUUAAAUUUGUAUAUUUUCCUCUGUGCGUUUGUACGAGAGAGAGCUUUUUCUAAGUAGGCUUUCUGAGUUUUUUCAAGUUCACUUUUCUUUUUUAUACGUAACUACUACAAUUUUAAGAUGACAUAAACUAUUAAGAAUUAACAUUUAGAAUAAA